AUGUCUAGAAGUGCUGCAGAAUUUGUAUCGAAUACAAUUCCCAGACGUAAGAGAGGAGGAGAUUUGGCCAGUUCUGCAGCGAAACGGCGAAAAAAAAAAGAAUCUCGAAGAAAUGAAACGGAAGAAGAGCACGAAGCACGUUUACAGAAUCAACGGACCAGAAUGAGGCAAAUUUAUCACAAAAUAGGAUCGUUACUGCCAAUGUCUAACGAAGACCAUAAAUUUCUACAAGUAUAUUUCAUCGGAAAUGAAGAACAAGAAAUUGAUCAACGAUGCACAAAUUUUAAUGGACUGAGACGCGAAAUAAUCCAAGAUGUACAGAGGAUCUUACACAAGUAUAAUCAACUGAUUUAUAUAUUCAAAACAACAUUAGACCGCAUGAUUUCUGAUGACUAUAAAAUUGUAAUUCGAGCCGAUAAAAGACCACGUGGAGAACACGAACGCAGAUUUAAUGCACCUCAGGUAGAUGAAGUCGCCAUUGUAGUUGUGGAUAAUGAAAAUACAAGCCGUGACAUAAUUGUACAUCGAAGAAGAAAAGGACUACAACGCAUUGCAGAGACACACCGUUCAUAUGAUGCUCUUCAAUAUCCGUUAAUAUUUCUGCACGGAGAGGACGGAUACCAUUUCAAUAUAAAACAAAUUCAUCCUGAAACAGGCAUAGAAACAAACAAAAAAGUCACUUCUAAGGAGUUCUAUGCUUACCGCUUAAUGAUCAGAGACAAUGAAACAUAUAAUCACAUACUCAACACUCGCCGUUUAUUCCAACAAUUUCUGGUAGAUAUGUACGCAAAAAUAGAAGCAGAACGGAUGCUUUACAUAAGAUUGAAUCAGAAAAAACUACGCACAGAAGAAUACAUCCACCUUCGAGACGCGAUCAUGAAUGACGGCAAUAUUGACGAUAUUGGAACAAUGGUAAUCUUACCCUCAUCAUACAUAGGAAGUCCAAGACAUAUGCACGAAUAUACACAAGAUGCCAUGACCUACGUAAGAAAAUAUGGACGACCUGAUCUCUUUAUAACAUUUACAUGCAAUUCAUCAUGGCCAGAGAUCAAAGAACAACUAAAAUACGGACAAACCUCCAUAGAUCGACACGAUAUAAUAGCCCGAGUUUUUCGACAAAAACAAAUACGAUUUAUUGAAGUCAUCACAAAAUAUCACAUCUUUGGAACUGUUAUUUCAUGGAUGUAUACAAUUGAGUGGCAAAAACGAGGAUUACCUCACUCACACAAUCUCAUAUGGCUACACGAUAAAAUUUAUCCCACGGAUAUCGACAAAAUCAUCCGAGCUGAAUUUCCUGAUCCACAAAAAGAUCCGGAGCUUUACAACAUAGUAGUGAAAAACAUGAUUCACGGACCAUGUGGAUCAUUAAAUUUCAAUGCGCCAUGCAUGAGUGAUGGAAAAUGUACGAAAAAAUAUCCAAAACCGUACUUGGACGAUACCAAAACUGAAGAUGACGGCUAUCCCAAAUAUAGAAGACGAUCACCGAAAAACGGUGGCUUCACAGCAAAAAUACGAAUACAAGGCAGAGACGAACUGGAAAUAGAUAAUCAAUGGGUAGUACCGUAUAAUCCACUACUUUCCAAAAUGUUCCAAGCACAUAUAAACGUUGAAUACUGCAAUUCAGUAAAAUCUAUUAAAUAUAUAUGUAAGUACGUAAACAAAGGUAGUGAUAUGGCAGUAUUUCAAAUAGUCCAAAAUAGCGAACAAAAUAACAGAAAUGAUGAGAUCCUCAUGUACCAAAUGGGAAGAUACAUCAACAGUAACGAAGCAGCGUGGAGGAUUUUUAGUUUUCCCAUACAUGAACGCGAACCAGCUGUGCAACAUCUAGCAGUACAUUUGGAGAAUGGACAGAGAGUUUACUUCACAAAAGACUCGGCUAGAAAAAUUGCAAGCGAACCACCUCAGAACACAACAUUAACAGCUUUCUUCCAACUGUGUCAAACAGAUCCAUUCGCCAGAAAGUUAUUGUAUGUCGACGUCCCUAUUUAUUAUACGUGGGACAAAACAAGGAAAAUUUUUCAACGUCGGAAACAAGGAAUGCCAGAGGAGGGUCAUCCAGAAAUCAUAAAAACUAACGCAAUAGGUCGAGUAUUCACUGUACAUCCAAACAAUGCCGAAUGUUUUUAUCUCCGGAUGUUGUUACACGAAAUACGGGGACCAACAAGUUUUACAGAUCUCAGGACCGUUAAUGGCUACCUAUGCCAGACUUACAGAGAAGCAUGUCAACGCUUAGGAUUAUUGGAAAACGACAACCACUGGGAAUUAACACUACAAGAAGCCACACUCACAGCUUCAGCUGAACAAAUUCGAGAGUUAUUCGCUAUAAUAUUAACAACAUGUAACCCAUCAAACCCAAAACAGCUAUGGGACUCUUUCAAAAGGAGUAUGAGUGAUGAUAUAUUGUACCAAGUCCAACAAGCUAAUCCUGAACUGACUAUAGAAUUCAAUGACGAGAUCUUCAAUGAAACACUCAUUCGCUUAGAAGAUAAAUGUUUAGCAAUAAAUAAUCAGGCCUUAGUAGAACUUGGAAUGCCAGCACCACAAAGAAAUGCUUUUAGUGUGCUAAACUACGAAAUUAUGAAGGAAAAAAGUUACAACAUCAAUGAACUACUUGAAUACAUUGCUCACAACAAACCACUUCUCAAUGACAAUCAAAAAAAAGUUUACGACGUUAUAAUGAGCCGGAUAAAUAACAAUAUUGGUGGAAUUAUUUACUUGGACGCACCAGGAGGCACUGGUAAAACGUUUCUCAUAAAUCUAAUACUGGCGGAAAUACGUGCUAAAAAACUCAUCGCACUGGCACUAGCAUCAUCUGGCAUUGCAGCCACACUUAUGGAAGGAGGACGAACUGCCCAUUCUGCCUUACAACUACCAUUGAAUAUAGCCGAACAACAAUUCCCGGUAUGUAAAAUUUCAGGAAAAUCUGGACGUGGUCAAAUUUUAAAACAAGCUAAAAUUAUCAUCUGGGAUGAAUGCACCAUGGCCCAUAAAAAAUUUAUAGAAGCCAUGGACAGAACAUUACAAGAAUUGCGAAAAAACUCUGAAAUAAUGGGAGGAGCUCUACUCAUACUCUCAGGAGAUUUUCGACAAACACUUCCAGUUAUUCCCAAGUCAACAUCAGCAGACGAGAUCAAUGCAUGCUUGAAAAAAUCACAUCUCUGGCCACAAGUACAAAUACUGCAAUUAACAAAAAACAUGAGAGUUGAAUUAUCAAGAGAUGAAACAACAGCACAAUUUGCUAAAAUACUUUUACAAAUCGGCGAAGGUACAUAUCCUACUGACCAAACGACCGGCCUCAUUGAACUUAAUAGUGAUUUCUGUAAUAUAGCCACUACUGAAGACGAACUAAUCGACAAAAUUUAUCCAAAUAUUAUUCAGAAUUAUACUAAUGCAGAGUGGUUAUUUCAAAGAGCAAUUUUGGCCACUAAAAAUAAUAUUGUUGACGAUAUCAAUUUUAAUAUUCUAAAGAAAAUACCUGGUGAAGAGAAAAUAUAUAAAUCGAUCGACACGAUGAUGUAUUACACAUGCACUUGA